CACUACCCAUAUACAAUAUGCUCAACAACCACCGCUAAUUACACCGUCCAUAGCCAAUUUGAAAGCAACCUCAAAGGCCUCUUGUCCGGGUCACCUUACAAUGACGGCGAUCAAUCCAACUUGUCCACUGCCAUCAAAACCGAUGACCCGGACAGAGUUUAUGGCCUAUUCCUUUGCGGAGUAGAUGUUGCAAACAGUUUUUGCAAGUAUUGCAUCGACUCGGCAAGCGAUGAGAUUGUAAAACAAUGUCCACUCAAGAAAGAGGCAGUCAUAUGGUAUGAUCAGUGUUUGAUCUCCUACUCCAACAAACCUUUUUUCUCUGCCAACGAGACGAGCCAAGCAUUUUGUAAGUGGCAGGAACAAUAUAAUAGAGUAAAAGAGUCAGACAACCAAUUGAAUCAGAUUUUGGGGAGUAUGUUUGAUAAUCUGAGUAUUGUUGCAACUUCCAAUCCUUCUAUCUCCAUGAAUGCAACCACUAAUGUUAAUUUUAGUGGUGUUUCGAUGGAUGGGAUGGUAAAGUGUGCACCUGAUUUGUCACCGAUUGAUUGCCGAAAUUGCCUCUCUGGUGUUGUUUCUGCUAUUCUUAGCUGCAUUCUUGGAAGUUGGGUUCGAAGGUUUACACCAAGUUGUAUUGUAAGGUAUGACUUGAACCACAUCUCUCAAGAUCCUCCACUCGGGGCUGCAGAAGCUCCUUCCGCAGGGACGGAACCAGAAAUUUUGUCUAGUGGGAGCCAGGUAUCUACUACCAAAGAAGGAAAAGAACAGAGAAAGAAACUUGCCAAGAAGUUGAAGUACUCAACUUGGCAGGAGGAAGAUCCAACUAGGGAUAUGCAACUAGAUUGGAAGACACGCCUUCUCAUUAUUAAUGGAAUUGCUCGAGGCCUUCUUUACCUAGAUGAGGAUUCCCGACUUAGAAUAAUUGAUAGGGACCUUCAAGCUAGCAAUGUUUUAUUGGAUCAUGAAGUGAAUCCCAAGAUAUCAUAUUUCGGAAUGGGAAGGAUUUUUGGUGGAAAUCAAAGUGAAGCCAACACGAACAAAGUAGUUGAAACAUAUGGCUAUAUGGCUCCAGAGUAUGCUAUGGAAGGACAGUUUUCAAUUAAAUCCGAUGUUUUCAGUUUUGGAGUUCUCUUGUUAGAGAUGAUAAGUGGGAAAAAGAAUAGUGGCUUUUAUGUUUAUGAGAAUGGUCAUAACCUCCUCACUUUUGAAGAUGCAGUAGAUAGACCCGCUAUGUCAUCUGUAGUUGUUAUGUUGAGAAACGACACAUUGACACUUCCUCGACCAACACAACCACCUUUCUCUGUUGGGCAGCUAGUCUUGAAAAAAGCUCAAUCCUCAACAAAUGUUAAAUUACCCUCUAUGAAUGGAUUAAAUAUUUCAAAUGUAUCGCCGCGGUAA